CCACACCCGAAUGAAUUCCAUUCCCAAAGCUACGUCUGGUCUAGAUCGUCCCUCACAACAGUCAUCAAUCCUCAAGAGCAAGCUUAAAUCCCAGGCAGCUCUGUUUUACUUUCUUACAGAGAAGGGAGGGGAGAGACUCGAGAGCCACCCGCAAAGGAAGAAACUGAAAAGGGAGAAGCAGAAGGGACCUAAGAAGGAAUCUGCAUUUUGCAUUUCACAGAGGGCGUAAACUCCUCGAGGCAACGGGGGAUGGCAUCCACAUCUGCCAGGAGUGGGGACAAAAAGGACACCUGGCCAUCUCAAGCUGCUGCCUCUUUAGGUGGAGGGCAGAAAGCCUCAUUAUCCCGCUCUGAAGAAUUCCUGACCCGAAUCAGCACAGAACUUACAGAUGAAGCACUGUUUAUUGCUCGCUCCCGUUUGAAUCUUAUGCCCAACAAGGAAAAGCAGACAAAAGACCAAGGGACUCAGAUAUCUAGACAUGUGUUCUUCACCAAGAACCGAGGCACUGACACCCGCUCUGACAGAAAUCGAACCCGAACCAAGGCACACCUUUUGCCAUCCCCUCGUGAAAAGGGAGCACUUCCCAACAGCCUGACAACUGGAGGAUGAGCUCAGUCCUCCCUAGUACUGCUCUCUCUCGGCCUCUUGCCCUCCCCCACAAUGCCCCUCAGUGAAAACUUCUAAGCCCCCCUUUUGCAACUUUUUAAGCCUCUCAUCUUGGGAGGAACUCCUGGUCAUAAGCAACGCCACCUUCGAAACCAAGAAAAUCUUCUGGGACAGUUGCAGGGCCCUCCAUGGACAAACACUACUGAGAAGAAAAGGUUUUAAUAAAGAACCAGGGAUCCUCCCUUCCCCAAAA